AUGAUAAUUUCAAAUAACAAUGAAUUAGCAAUUGCAUUGGAUAUGCAAAACAAUCGAUGCUUAAGCUUCUGCUCUAGUGCCGUGCGCGACCGGCCUCAAUCAGUUGUCCCUAUAAUUGAUAAUAAUCUACUAUUCAAUAAUACUGAAAUUGAUUUACAAUAUUCUGAUAAUAAAAAUAAACAAAAAUUCAAUAAGAAUAGUUCAACGUUAAAUGGCAAUUGAUCGGAUAGACCAUGAACUAAACAACGUUUUGCAUUUCAUUCAAUAUUGAACAAUCGCUAUUGUUUAUUAUUAGCGGAAAGGACAACAAGUACGCGACGAAUUACAGGAGCUUCGAGUCAUUCUAAAUCCGUUUGGUCCCACAAUCAUACUCCAAAUCUCUCUCAGAUUCUAUCAAGGAAAAAAAAAGGUUAAA